AAAACGAAGAAGUAAAAUCUGUUUAUUUAUAUUAUCAUCAGCGAACGAUAAAAAGAAUUUAAGAAAGUUAAUUAAUAAUCUUUAUUGCAAUUUAUGUACUGAUUCUGGAGAGUUUAAAACUUAAUACUAAACAGAGUGAGAAGCUUGGAUCUAGUGGAUUUGAAUGCGGGUAGGAGUAGGAACAAGAAAGACAAUGAUGGUAGAGAGAUUGCUAAAUUCCCUUGAAGGACAGAGACAAUUUGAAAUAAGAAUGAAAAUUUAGAUUAUAUUGAUCAAACUUUUUUAUGAAAAAUUAAUAAGGAGGCUGCUAAUAUUAAAGGAUGAAAAUAUUGAUUUAUUUUAUUUGAGAGCAAUAAAGAAGAUGAUAGUUUCUUUAUUGUAAUUUAAAAGAGAUAAUUGA